CCUUUACUGUUGUUCAUAUUUAUUUGGUCUAAUAUCUACUUUCUAAGUUUUGAAAAAUAAAGCACAUAAAAAUUAUUCAUAUGUACUAAUUUAAAAUAACUUUUAUUUUGAACGAAGAAACUAGAUAAUCAAUCAGACUGAUACAAAUAAUGUUUUAAAAAAAGUCAAUCGCACAUAUAAAAUGUGUGUUUUUAUAAAGUCAGUCGGACGGAAUGUCAAAACAUCCUGAAAAUAAACGACAUUCUCAACCUGAAGGAAGCGGAAAUUUGCUGUGACGCCAUUUGCAUAUCAGGGCGGCAACAAUCAUAAAAUGCGUUAAUGCUGCGCACGUUGGAAGGAGAUCGUCGCGGCCGCGCCAUUAACUGGAAAUAAGCUUAAAACCAACAGAAUGCACGAUUCUUAUGCCUGAAAGAUCACCACACCAACAACUCCAAUCAAACCUCAAACAAACAGGAUUGUAAAAAUGACCUCCACCAUCAUCCUGCGUGUAAUUCUUGGAGAGAACAGUGCACAGAAAGUGACACUUCAGAAUGGUGUCCUUUGUUCUUUGGCAGAGUUAAUGAAUGAGAUACAGACACAGUGUAAUUUAAUGGGAGAAUUCAGACUUCAAAUCAUGGACCCUGACUUACAAGAUUUUGUGAACCUGACUUCCACAACUGAUGUUCAGAACAAAAGCACCCUUAAGGUCAUCAAACUCUGUGACUCUUUAGCAGUAUCUCCAUCUCCCUCAUCAUGUGACACAGACAUUCUGUCUUCAAGAUCAUCCUCUGAAGUAUCACAUUCUUCAUCCCUUGACCCCCAAGAGUUGACUUUGAAUACAAGGUCUUCUUGGCCAACCUGUUUGGUUGUGCCCCCGUUCUCCUAUGAGGCAGAAAUUAAGCUGGAACAAGGCAAUUCAGAAUACCAAAAAAAUGGCAUUCUGCUGAAUCCAGACCCAAAGCUGAAAUCAGACAUUUUGGAUGGACUUGCUGAAGAAAUAGUAAAAUUCAAAGUGUACCUUUCUGAUGCUGAAUUCAGUGAAGUGGCUGAAGCUCUUAUAAAACAGCAUCCUUGCCUUAAGGAACAAGGAUCCUUAACAGGCUGCAGUGGCUGGAAAAGAAGCCUUAAAUAUAAAAUGUCAAAUUACAGAACCAAGCUGCGAAAUCUUGGUUGUAGUGAAGUGACUGUAAAUGCCAUGAAGCACAAACCUAUGGGUGUAAGCAAUCCAGCUUUUGGGGUCAAGAAGCCACGCAAGGCUGAAGUUAACUUUUGUCCCUCAUUUCUUCCUGGUGAAACUCCUGACAGCAUGGAGCAGAUAAGAGUCUCCCUUCUUUCUGAGGUUAAGAAGAAGAACAACGAGCAAACUCUGAGAAGAUUAAUGGACCUAUCAUUUGCAUUGAGAAGACAAGAGGUUGUCAAAGAAUCUCCACUUAUUGUUGACUUUAUGGGCAGAUGGCCAGCUUUGUUCCAAGAAAAUGAGCUGGAUGAACACACUCCAAGUCUUCUGAGGAUAUUUGCCAAGAGAGGUGGAGCUCAGGGACGAAGGAUAAGAAAACUUCUUGUGCCACUUACAAAGUGUGCCUGCAUUAAUGUUAAGAGGGAGUGUGUCCUCAAAGCCCUGUUUGUCUACCUAAAUGAGGAUCCUGACAAUCUCAUCAAGGAGUACAUGGAUGUCGACUUUUCCAACGCUGAAACUGCAUUCAAAGAAAUGGUGAUGGCCGUUUUUGUCAUCAGAUGUGAAGGAUGUGAAGUUGGUGAUGAACCUGCGGAUGUUAGAGUAGUUCCUGAAGGAGUUACAGCACUAGAAGGGCUUGUGUUCCUGGAGCUUGAUGGACACAAACUCUCCACCAAAGUUCAAGCGCUCAAGACCAAGCUUUUUACACCCUGA